CUUUUUCACGCUGCAUCUGUCUCUUUGGCAUUCAAUUACUCUUUUAACCUCGUUUCCCCAUCUGUCCGAUCAAAGCGUUUUUUCCUUUCUUCCUCCCCGAUUAAUCUCUCUUCUAGCUCCCCCUUUGUUCUUCGAUGAUCUCAUCUACAGAAUCCAGUGCAUGCGAGCCAUAUCCAUGGGAAUAUACAUGAUGGCAACGGAGCUGAAGUGCCGUGGGACUGAAUUCUUCCUCCACGUGCUGGGAAUAGUGGGGCUGGUUGCCUUUGCUGGGUUGAGAGUUGGUUUGACACUAGACUUCUAUCGUUCUACCCUCGACAUGGCUGCAAGUCAAUAUGUCAAAAUAUAUAAUCAAAUAGACUAUAUUAUCAAUUAAUUAUCUUUAUCAUAGAUAAGAAAAAAUUAAGUACCUUCAUGAAGUAUGUUGAUGGCCGUGAUCACAAGUUCUUGGCCGUUUGAAUAAAUUAGACCAUUUGCUAUUUUUGGUUCUUGAAAAUUAUGGACGUUAUAUAUUUCACUUGGCUUACAAUAGAAUGUGUUGUUGUGAUGGUACUCAUGGGGAAAGAUUGGAUAUUAAUAAUCAAUGCAACCUUCGACACGAUCCAAUGUGAAGUAAUCUAUUAUGCUUUUAGUUAACCAUUCAUCCUCUUCCAAUGUAUUUUCCUUUCUAUUUUCUUCUUUCCAAGUAUUCUCUCUUCUGUGUGUUCUUAUGGUAGGGUUCCGUGUUUUCUUAUGGCAGGGAUGCAUUUCAAAUGGCCCAAAGUAAUUGAUCACAUGGUAAGAGACUUCAAAUGGAAAGAUGAAAGGAUUUUCGAUGUGAAAUAUUUCAUAGAUGUUUUGUUUAGAAGUUGUCUGAAAGGAAUUCUUUAAUUUCGAAAUUCAAUAUUUCUACUGAUGUCUUUUUUCUCUUUGGUCUUGGUACUUACUGUAUUUGACCAAAUGGACGUGGCCCCUAAUUAUGAAGUGUUACAUCUUAUUUGGAGCUUGCAACUAUGUUUUGUGGGAAACUAAUCAAGGGCUUUUCUUUAAUCAUUUGUAUUCCCAAUAUAAUGACUUUGGGAGUUCAAAUUUGUUUAAUUGGUGGUAGUAAAUAGGAUGUUUGCUUAAGGCUUCAAUAACUCAAUAAUCAAAUAUUUAGAAAUGUAAUGAAUAUUAACUUACCAUUAAGUUCUAAAAUUCUAUUUAUUGUAUUUAUUUAUUUAUUUUUCAUUCUCUUUCAGGUUAUUUUUCAUUGGAACAUUUCAUGUGAGGCACGGGUAUUAUUUAGAUUGAAGAUAUAUUCACACAUUUUAUUUCAUAUUUUCAAUAACUCAAUAAUCAAUCUUUUAGAAAUGUAAUGAACAUCAACUUAACAU